AUAUUUUGACAGGUGAAACUCAUGUUGGGGAAGUGUUUGUGAUGUACAGAGGUGAUGUUGAUAAUAUGGACGAUUCUGAUGUUAACAGCGCAAAUGAACUCGUUCUUUCUACGUUUUCAGCAAAUGUUCCUGCAACAGAUGUCAGUAACGGUGGCUCCAAUCGAGUAUCAGCUAUAUUCCUGAUAGUGAAUGCUGCCCUGGGAGCUGGUCUUUUGAAUUUCCCUCAAGCUUUUGACCAGGCUGGUGGAAUAGCAACUGCUGUGGUUGUGCAGGUGGUACUGUUAGUAUGGAUACUGGGAGCACUGGUGACGCUGGCACACUGUUCAGACGAGACAGGGGCGCGCACACUGCAGGACAUACUGGAGGGUCUGUGUGGAACUCCAGGUCUUAUCGCGUGUUGCCUCUGUGUCGCUUUGUACUGCUUUGGCACCUGCCUCACCUUCCUCGUCAUCAUAGGUGAUCAGUUUGACAGAGUAUUUUCGUCACUUCAUGGAUCUGACUUCUGCCAUUACUGGUAUAUGAAUCGCAUCUUUACAAUAGUGGCAAGCUCCACAGUGUGUAUUCUUCCAUUUUGUUAUUCCAGGAGGAUUGAUUUUCUCAAAUAUGUCAGCUAUUUGGGUGUGGGAGCUGUCUUUUAUGUUGUGGUGCUCAUAGUGUACCAAAAAUUCGCAGGAGAAUUUACUCCUGGUCCAAUUAAAACUAGUCCAACAGAAUGGACUGAUAUGUUUCUGGUGGUCCCAGUUAUUUGUUUUGGAUACCAGUGUCAUGUCAGUGUGAUACCAAUUUAUUCCUGCCUCCAUGAACGCACCAUAUUUAAUUUUUCAAUAUGUUGUGGAGCAGCUGUCUUUAUUUGUAUGCUGUCAUACACUCUAGCUGGAACAUUUGGAUACCUGACAUUUGGUGCCGAUGUCACAAGUGAUAUUCUGGAGUCUUAUUCGGGAUACCAUCCAUCUGUCCUGAUUGGUAUUACAGCUAUUGCUAUAAAGACAUACACAACCUAUCCAAUACUACUAUUCUGUGGAAGGGAGGCAGUAAACAAAAUAUGGUGUACAUUUUUCUACGACAGUCAGGCUGAUAUUGCAGUUAAAGAACCAAUGAGACGAGUUGUAAUAGCAACAACAUGGUUUAUAUUAACAUUGCUCUUAGCAGUGCUCAUCCCUGAUAUGGGAAUUGUGAUAGAUUGUCUGGGAAGUCUUGCAGCUAUUUUCAUAUUUGUUUUCCCAGGUAUAUGCUGGAUGCAGUCAACAUUACAUAAAGAUCCACUUAUUCUUUUAAAUAAAGACAGGUUUUAUGUAUUUUUGUCUGUGUUGUAUAUACUGACUGGGACAUUUGUAUUUGGAGUAGUCCUAGUGCAGGCAAUUGAAAGAUUCUCAGAAAAAGACCAAUCACCUAUCAGACUGUGUGUGUAGCCAGUGCAUGUGUGUGCCCUCAAGCACUGGUGUAGGAAACAUCUGUUAUUUAUUUAUACAUUCCUAUUUAUCUGGUUAAGACAACAUUGUGCUUAUUAAAAGUUUCAUUAAUGAUUUCUGAAAACUUUUGACUGCUUGAUCAUAAAAUGUGAUUCAUAUAUAUUGCUUCCAGAUUUUGUUGUAAUUUUAAAAUACUAAGUUAAUUAAUUUGAUAAAUUUACAGAAUGUGCACAUAUUGCUUCAGUAAAUUUAGACUGGUCGUGAUGCUCAGAGAAACUCUAGAAUGGAGUAGCCACCUAGAUAGUUUACAUUGCAUACAUUUGAUGAUAUCAAAAUUGCCUGGAGGAUAAAUGACGAAUCAGGAUUUCAGUCAUGCCUUGUGAAUGACAGUACUUUCUAUGCUAUUUUAAAUGAUAUUUUGAGUCUGCGAUGUAGAUUUCCACUUUUUAAAUUUAUCCUUAUUCUACAAAUUAUCUUUUUUACAUAGAAAGCGUGAUGAGGACAAUUCUAUUUAUUACUUAAAAUGUAAAUACUAUUUUUAAAUUAAUGGGACUGGUAGUAAUAUUCAGAGGGAGGUAGUUUUGCUGUACGGCUGACAGAGCUGUUUCAGUAGUCUUCAAAGAUGACAUAUGAAAGGGUUGGGGAGAUACCACAAUGUAUAAGAGAAGAUUGAGGAGAAAAGCUUAAAAUGGUGUGACCAUGGGCAUUUGAAGAGAAUGGAGGCAGCAAAGAUGCCUGAGAAGAUGAGUGCGAGAAAGAUAAAGGGCAGGAGACCAGUAGGGAGGCCAAGGCAGGAGACCAGUAGGGAGGCCAAAGAACAAAUGGCUAAAAGGAAUGGCAGAAAUCAUCCUGAAGAGAGAAGAGUGAGCCAGACUAGUGACAGAGAGGUGACAGGAAGAUUGGAGAUGGUGGCAAGGAUUGGUCCAGGCAGGCUGUGUCCGUGGCAGAUAACUGUGCAUGAUGAUGAUGAUGAUGAUGAUGAUGAUGAUGACUAUUCUUUAAUUAGUAACUUUGCAGAUUAGUUUCUAAACCAGUUUGUUAUAAAUGAGAGAACUAAGUGGAUUAGUUCACACUAAUUUAAAGUAAACUGAAAGAAGAGUCCUUGAUAAACUUUCAUAAUUUGUGCUUCUGGUGGACACUGUGUUAAUGUGAGCUCUAAUUUUUAUUUUUUAUUUUUAUCAAGUACACAAUCUGAGGGAGCAUAUUUUAGCUGCAAAAAUGUUGCAUAAAAGAAAGUCAAAAAGCUUUAUGAAAA